AUGGAUUCACCUUACCAUGAAAACCAUGAUGAUUUUGAGGUUAAAGAUCUCUCAGCCAGCAAGCUCAGGGACCAAGUGGCAAAGCAACAGCAGGCAGUAUUGAGACGAUUGGGAAGCUUAGAUAAUGAUGUUGUUAUGGUUGAUGUAGCUGAAAUUUUGUGCCACCAACAACUUCAAAAUUUGUACAAAUCUACAAGGGAAGCUAAGCACUUUCAGCCAAACAUUGUUCGUGGAGUUGAAAAAUUCAUUUCUACAAGCGGCAAGCAAAUGAAGAAAGUGAGGAAGCUGGCUGAAGAUUGCUGUAAAUAUGGAUCUGAGAAUCAGAGCACUCAUGGUCCUCUUGCAAGAGCUUCUAUUAACUUUGGUACCUCAUAGAAUUCAAUUGAAAAGGAGAGGGAAGAUCUUCUUAAGACCCUCAGUGAUCAGGUUUGUGAGCCAUUACGGACACAAAUAAAUGGAGCUCCUUUGGAAGAUGCUCGUCACUUGGCUCACCGUUAUGAUAAACUCCGUCAGGAGGUGGAGGCUCAGGUUACUGAAGUUUUAAGGCGUCGAUCAAAAUCUAGGGAUCUAUCUAUGUCUGGAGAGAGUUUUGUGAAGCUUCAAAGUGCAGAAGCAAGACUUGCUGACCUUAAAUCUUCAACUGUGGCACUUGGCAGAGAAGCGACUGCUGCUAUGCUGUUAGUUGAGGAUUAGCAGCAGUAGAUGACUUUUCAUAGGCUUCUCACCAUGGUCAAUGCUUAGAAAUCUUAUCAUCAACAUGCUCUUGCUAUUUUGGAUAAGCUACAUGCUGAGGUCUGUUAUCUAGCCUUGCUCUGCCUUUACUAUUUUCUUGUACCCUAUUUUUAUGAGAAUAACUUUUCCUGCCCUACAUUUUUGAAAUACUUGAUGCUAGAUGACUCUGGAGAGGCAAUCAAAAGAAUUUUCAUCUCUACCGAUGAAGAUUCAUAG